AUGGCCGGCGGCGUCGUGAUGAACACGGCCGGUGGAAAGCCAUACCCUGGCAAGCUCACUCUGUACGUCGUCUUCACCUGCGUCGUCGCCUCCACGGGCGGCCUCAUCUUCGGGUAUGACAUCGGCAUCUCAGGCGGCGUCACUUCCAUGGACCCCUUCCUCUUGAAGUUCUUCCCAGAGGUGUAUUGGAAGAAACAGGAAGCAAGCAAGAGCAACCAGUACUGCCGCUACGACAACCAGCUGCUACAGGCCUUCACCUCCUCGCUCUACCUUGCCGCCCUCAUUGCCUCCUUCUUUGCCUCCACCGUCACGCGUGUCCUGGGCCGCAGGUGGUCCAUGUUUGCCGGCGGCUUCGCCUUUCUCGUGGGAGCGGGCCUGAACGGCGCCGCGCAGAACAUUGCCAUGCUCAUCGUUGGACGCACAUUGCUCGGAGUCGGCAUCGGGUUCGCCAAUCAGUCUGUGCCGUUGUACAUGUCGGAGAUGGCACCGGCGCGUCUUCGUGGCAUGCUCGGCACUGGUUUCAACCUCAUGAUCACCACCGGCAUCCUGACAGCAGAGCUCAUCAACUACGGUACCAACAAGAUCAAAGGCGGCCAUGGUUGGCGCUUCAGCCUGGGGCUCGCGGCUGUGCCAGCGGCGGUCAUCACGCUCGGCUCACUCUUCCUCCCUGACACCCCCAACUCACUGAUGGAGCGAGGCCACCCAGAUGCGUCCCGUCGGAUGCUACGCCAUAUUCGCGGCACCGACGACAUCGGUGAUGAGUACGCGGACCUGGUGGCAGCAAGGGAGGUGUCAAAGCUAGUGCAACAUCCAUGGCGUAACAUUGUGUUGCGCAAGUACCGUGCGCAGCUCACCAUGGCCGUGCUCAUCCCCUUCUUCCAGCAGCUCUCUGGCAUCAACGUCAUCAACUUCUACGCACCCGUGCUUUUUGAGACGCUCGGUUUUAAAGGGGACGCGUCGCUCGUGUCGUCAGUUAUGACAGGCGGCGUCCUCGUGCUUGGCUCGCUGGUGACAAUGCUCAUCGUCGACAGGCUGGGGCGACGGAAGUUGUUCCUGCAGGGUGGCGCGCAGAUGCUAGUGUCUCAGCUCGCGGUGGGGACGCUGAUCGCGGCAAGGUUCGGGACGAGCGGCGUUGGAGAGAUGCCCAAAGGCUACGCGGCGGCGGUGGUGCUCUUCAUCUGCUUGUACGUGGCGGGCUUUGUGUGGUCGUGGGGUGCGCUGGGGUGGCUGGUGCCGAGCGAGAUCUUCCCGCUGGAGAUCCGGUCGGCGGCGCAGAGCAUCAAUGUAUCGGUGAACAUGCUCUUCACCUUCGUCAUCGCGCAGGCCUUCCUCACGAUGCUCUGCCACAUGAAAUUCGGGCUCUUCUACUUCUUCGCCGGAUGGGGGGUGGUCAUGACCGUCUUCGUCGCGCUCUUCCUGCCGGAGACCAAGAACGUCCCCAUCGAGGAGAUGGUGCUUGUCUGGAAGGGACACUGGUUCUGGAGCAGGUUUGUGGGAGAUGAUGACAUCCACUUUGGGCUUGGAAGCAGCCAUCCUUUGAAGAAAGCGUAAUAGCUCACUGGUCUAGCUCCAUGGCACCGAAAAUGUCUCAGGGCUCAAGUGAUUCACCGAAGCGACGAGACCUUGAAAGCAGCUUUUUCAAGUGUCA